UUUUGUAGCGGCGGAUAUUUUAACCCAGCCAUAACAUUCGCUCUGACUUUGAAUCGUGUGCUACCUGUGCUUGUUGCAGUAUGCUUUUUCAUUGCUCAGAUAGGGGGAGGCCUCAUAGGAGGAGCGUUGGCCCUUGCUGCUGUUCCGACGAAUAAAUACACGCAGUUCAUCGGUGGAGCAACAAUGCUUAUAAAUGAGACAGAACCUGGCUGGGCAGUUCUGAUAGAGGGCAUCCUUACGUUUAUAGUUACUUUCAUUGUUUUACUCACAACGCUGGAUAAAAAGAAGAGAAAAAUGUCACCUCUAGCUAUUGGAUUCUCUUUCAUCGCAUGUGCCCUGUCAGGGGCACCAUAUACUGGUGGAUCUAUGAAUCCGGCAAGAAGUUUAGGACCGUCUGCAUCCUACUCCAGAUACCUGUAUUUCAAUAUUUGGGAAUAUCACUAUGUCUACUGGGUGGGGCCCAUUGCGGGGGCACUGGUGGCAGCUAUAAUUUACAGAUUUUUGUUUGCCAAUAGAAGGACGCCAGAUUAUAUGACCUUUACAAUUUCUGAGGAACACUCAACUCCAAGCAAUAACAUUCACAUACAAUAAAGAUUAAAUUCAAUAUAUUUGCCCUGAUUUUAAAAGGACAAAUAAAAACAUAUGCGUACAUGUAUGGAAUUUGGUAUACAUGUAUCUUUUUACACUCUGUAAUAGAAGAUUUAUAGACCUAAAGUUUUUGCUCUGUCCAUCCGUUUAUAUGUCUGUUUGUGGGCAAAAUUAAUCUAGGCCAUAACUCUUGAUAUAUUUUAUAGGUGUAUGCUUCGUGACAAGAAAUUUCUUUGGGUACAAAGUAACCAACAUUUUUUUAUCUUUUGACCUUUUGAAUUUGAUUCAAUGUUUUGCAAAACUUUCAAAACUUUAACGUUGUCCAUUUCUUAUAAACAGUUAUUAGAAGAUAUUCCUAUUUCACAUGUGUAUUCCUUCUAUUGGAUUUUCACAAUUUUGACCUUCGUCUUGGAUUUUGGCCUAAUUUUAUACAAAUUAACCUUUGCAAUAUAUGUAAAACCUUUCACUUUUCACAGAUGUAUAACGUGAUGUUUCCAAACAUAUUAUGAUUUUUUUACUUGGCCCUUAUCUUCAUGUUUGACCCAAAUUUCAAAACAUUUUUCUUUGGUGAUUACUUUUGAAAGACAUAAUGAUAUGACAGGGUGUUCAUAUUUGAAACAAUUUUACACAAGUUAUGACGUUGUUGUAAUGAUAACACAGUAAAGUUACACACAAUUUGUGUCUUAGUUUUUAGCUCUUCUGGUCAGUGACCAGAUGAGCUUAAGCAAUAGUAAUGUGUCCGUAGUCCGUCCGUCUGUCUGUCUUUCAAAAUCCUACUUCUACAGUUUUGAUCUGAUUUCAAUAAAACUUGACACACAAGCAGACUACACUAAGAAUCAUAACUUUUUGAAUCAGUUUUUGCUGAAGUGUUGUCGUGGUUACUAAAAAUAGAAUUGUUUGUGAAAUACUUUCAAAAUGCUACUCCUCCUACAGUUUUUGGUCUGAUUUCAAUAUAACUUGGCACAAAGUCGACUACACUAAGAUACAUAAAUCUGUGUAUAUGUUUUUGAUUUCAAUAAACGGUGUUGCCGUUGUUACUAAAAUAAAAAAAUUCUGUAAAAUACUUUUAAAAUGCUACUACAAAUACAGUUUAAGUCGGAUUAUAGUAUAAUUUGGCAUGCAAGUAGUCUACACGCAGAUACAUAAUUGUCUUUAUUUUUUAUUUUGAUGAAAGAUGUCAUGGUAACUAAAAUGGAAAAUUCUGUAAAUUUGAUUAAAAACUCUUACAGUUGUAAUCUUAUUGCAGUCUUGCCACAAAAAGACAGUCAAUCAAGGAUCAUAAUUCUAUUUAUUGCUGUUGUUAAGUUUCUAGUCCCAACUUUUCUCUUCCUUUAUUUAAAGUACAAACCAAUAGAGCUGCAGUCUCAAUAGGGCACAAUGUUACUAAACAUUGCCAUUGUGUAGAAAGACAUGGAGAGUCGAAACUGUCAAUUUAUAUAUCUUAAAAUCCUUAUAAACAGAUAGAAAGCAUAAAGAAAAUUUUGAGGGUGUUGCUAAUUUUUUUUGUAACCAUGGAUAGAACAUAGUAAACCAUGGUGUCGGGAAUGCUGUUUGUCAGAUUUUUCGAACGAGUAGCCAGAUUAAAGUUCGUGGAACUGGAAGCCUUCUUUCACUUAAUAUGCACAUGUAAUAAUGAUGCUAAAGAUGGCGCAAGUGAUGUAAAGAUAUUUAGUUGUUGAAUGAAAGGCCUCUAAUAAUGUAUAUCUACAAGUGUAAAUGAUUUUAAGAGCAAUUAUUUGGUGCAAAACUUUCGUAAGCUUAUGCAAAGUAAAUAUUCAUCGAGGUGUGCUUUUAAUAAAUAUUUGAUAACUUC